CCUUGACUUGUUCUCAUGUACUACGCAAACUUCAUAUCUUCCCCAGAAGGAUACUUCCACACUGUUAUAUGUAAUGCCCAGGAGUUCCGCAACACUGUGAACAGUGACCUCCACUUCAUAUCCUGGGAUAACCCUUCCAAGCAACAUCCACACCACCUCAAUCUCAAUGACAUGCAAAAUAUGAUUAAUAGUAAUUCUCCAUUUGCACGGAAAUUUCCCAAAGAAGAUGCAGUGCUUGACAAAAUUGAUUGUGAGCUAUUGUCUCGGGGUCCAGGCAUGCUUGUUCCUGGUGGUUGGUGCAUAGGAAUCAGGGAAAAUGGGACUGAUCCUUGUUCUGAUAUUGGUAAUACGACAGUCCUCAGACCUGGCCUUGGAGCGAAAAGGUUGGAAAAUUUGAUGAGCUCUCUAUUAUCCAGUGAGAAUUUCCGGCCCAGGCAGUGCAAAUAACAAGCACCAGAAACUACUUCAGUAAGCACCUCUCGUGGCAGUCAGUAGUUUGUAUUUGAAGAUGGAAGACAUGAGUAUGAUCAUCAGGGACUUAGCAUGUCUUCUAGUAGAAACAGAAAUGAAAGAAUACACAACUCUGCCUUAAUAGAGUAGCAUGGAAGGAGAUGGAUUUGGUGGAAUGAUAGGAGUUACAGAAUGACAUGGUAUUUGGCAUACACGAUGAACUGAUUGUGUAGCCCACACGUUUUCCUUCUUUCUCUUCCUUUUUUUUUUUUGUUUUUCUAAUGAUAUGCAGCAACUCCGUAUCAAGCAAGCACUGAAGUUUAUUUUGCUCUGAUCUGGGGUUGGGUUGGAAACUUGGAGACAUAUUGCCGGGAUGAAUAUUUGAUUGAGGAAUGAAUAUUUGUUAUCUGA